AUCGCACUGUGGGAGUGGGGAGGGGUUUUCAGUUUGUACAGGGGGCCAUACGGAUUGGCCGUGGCCCUGAGCUCCGGAGAUGAUUUGAGCUGUUCAUGGCUGGGGACUAUGCAGGCUGAGCCCUGUGCCUCUCUUGUUUCCCCAUCGUCUAGUGAAGAAUGAUGGAGCUGACACCCUCAUUUUGAGCCUUGCUAACUCUUGGUUAGUGGAGGCAGGUGGGAAGGGGUUAGUGCUGCAGCCAGACUAAGUCAGGCCUUCCUGAGAGUGGCACGGAAAAAGCAGUUUGAUGGCAUCCUGGUUCCUAUGUCUCUCAGGAUAGGCCUUUCGCUUUCAGUCACUGGAAUCUUCUGUGAAUGUGGCAAGUUUUCUUCAGAAAGUCUCACCCCUUGGCUACUUUGUUUCCUCGUGCAUUUAACUUUCCAAAGAUGUUCCGGAGAAGGGAGCUGGGCACAUUGUUACCGGGUACAUUUUAGCCGAGUCUGUAGGUAAGGAUUGCCUGGGGAGCAGCGCUGUCCAAGGUGGGUCCACACCUCGUAGCAGGGUGAAGGAUUGCUGGUUUGUGGCAUUGCAGCAUUGUGCAGUUACACUAUAUGCUUUACAUCCAUCAAAGCUCAGGACCGUGCUUAGGUCAUCAGAACAAUUCUGUGAUCUGUGCAGAGUGCAGUGUGAACUGUCUGAUUGAUUAUGGCCCCAAAGACGUGGGCCGUGGGCACAGGGAGGCUUCCUGGGGCCUGCUUUUGGGCCCUCUCACAUGCUCCCCACCCCCUGCCACGGGGAGCCUCUGGCUUAGGCUGCUUUUGCAUCGCCAAGCCCUGCUGUGAGGCUGGGUACGCCACUGAUACUGAACACAUACAUCUUGAGCAACUGAAAAUAAUCACACACAACCAUUCCUCCUGGGUGCUGGAUGGAAGGGGUGGAGGGACACACACAGCUGAGACCCCCUACUGAGACAGGCAGCCCCUGAUCACCAAUUCAGGGCACUGAUGACCCUGUGAGUCCUUAUGUGACAGGCCUCAGCAAAAGGGGGCAGACUGGGGGACCACAGGGCUCCACUCGGCCCUCUGCACAGGCUUCCAUCUUGGGUAGGUGGCAACACAGCCGUCACUCCUUCCCACUCCCAACCCUGGUCCAGUCCGGUCCACAGUCCUGGGGAAAGGGCCUGCUUCAUUCCCCAAAGUUCCAGGGAACGUCUUCGUAGAGAAUCCCACUGGUCUGUCCCGGGUGUAGGCCCCAUCGCAGUGUUUGGGAGGUGACACUAGCCGACAGGCCUGGUUCGCAUGCACACCCCACCUGAUCCCCGGGGCCCAGUGCCCAUCCUGGGAUCCCACCCGCCGGGCUGCCUGGAGGCAGGUGGUUCCCAGAGAGCAGUCAGGGUGUGAGUGCGAGGAGGAGGCGGCGGCAUUGUGCUGGCACGAGUGAAAUGCCACGUGUCUACCACAUGUCAGGUGUCGCAGCCACCUGGGCAGCAUUCGCCACCGUCUCGGCCUUCCUCUCCUGAGUCUUGCAAGUGGCUGGGCUGGCAGUCAUGGUGGAGGUGAUGUGAAUGAGUUUCGUGUGCUGUGCCUCAGGGCUUCAUCAUGGACAUAGGAAGAGAUGGACAGGUCCAUGCCAUCAAAUCAAGUGACUUCUGUGCUGGGAUCUGUCCUGGGUGUUGAGGUCACAUCAGUGAACACCACACAUGGUCCCUGCCUUUCUGGGCCUCCUGUGCAGUUGGGGAGACAGUACACAAAUAACAUGCCCAGAACCUGUGUGGGCCUCAGCAUCCUUGCCUGUAAAGUGAGGCUCCAGUGCCUCACUUGGGAUCAGGCUGAGUCGGUGAGUGAGUGGCUGCCAUCAGUGGAAGAUUGGCUCGGGGCAAGCCCUGCCCAGAAGGAGAUGGGACAAACCGGGGAAACAACUGGCAGGUGCUUCUGUCCUUGGCACAGAGGUGUCCCAGGCUGGCGGCUCUCUAAGGGGGUGGGAACCUGCCUGGGUAUGUACAUGAGUUGCCAGUGUCUGCGUCAGCAGGCAGGCAUUCUUGGCACUGACUUUGGCAGGAUAUCUGUCAGCUCUGGGACCCUGGGCUGCCGCUCAGUGUUGGCUUGGAGAGGUCGCUGCUCUGUCUCCUUCUCUGGACCUUUGUGGCUGCUUUGUUUCAAUUUGCCCUGCUUUUUGGCCCUCUCGGUCUUUUGAGUCUUACUUUGUCCUGCCCAUAACCCCCUCCAAAGGGAGUCUCUGCCUGGGUGCCCUCGCAGGCAGCCCAGUUAACACAGUGGCCCAGAGUGGAGUUAGUUCUAGGUGUGUUGGUUCCAGGGCCGUAGUUACUAAGGUGAGAAGCUGGGAUUCGAGCUGGGGCUGUCUGUAAGAAGAAUCCCAGAGGGGCUUGGCCCCACACUUGGAGUGUCCAAGCCCAGGCAUUCACGGUGCCAUUCAGCCCAAGCUCAGAACCAGCCUCCCUCCCGGCAGGGCCAGGUGCAGGUGUGAUGAGGUGCCUAGGGACCUAGAGCAGGGAGGCCCUGGGAAGCACAGGUGUGUUGAUAAUGGAACUGAGGCCGAACCUCAGCAUCAGGGUCCUUGAACGUGACCUCAGUGGAGAGGGCUUGGGCUUAGGAGUCCCAGGGCUUGAACUAGAGUUCUUCCUGGUCCUUGGCUCUCGAUGUUUCCCCCAGCACAGUCUGCAGACCAGAGGCAACAAAUGCCUCUUAAAAUGUCUUGACACUGUGGGGUGGGGCAGGAGGGGACAGAGCCACAUUUGGGAAAUUGUUUGAUCACCAAGGGGGUGAUCUGGAGUUUGGAAACUGGAGUGAGGGUUUAGCAAUCACAGCAGGAUUUGGGGAAAUAUCGAAGAGUCUGGAAUUCAGAUUGGGCAAUUCCGAUCAGUCACGAACUAAGCUGUUGGCAAAGCUUCCCUUAGACCAGGUCAGCGCAGCCUCUCAGGCUCUGUGCCACUGCAUCUAGGAUGCGUUCAGGAAAUAGUUGCCAACAAGUGAGUUGUGGAGGUCUGCAUAGGAUAGAGAUCCCACUUUACAAGAAAAUAAUAGUGAGGUGCAGGAUGGAGGUGGAGUCAGGAUACAGCCUGGACCUGCAUCCAGUGCUCUCGCCUCAACCCCCAGAAGGGCUAACCUCAUAGCAUCGGAGCCCUGUGGCCUGUGGGCUGCAGGUUUGGACAGCAGUGCCUUAGGCAGGUCCUCAGUCUGCAGUCUGCCUGGAGCUUGGGGGCCCAAGCAGCAAGGCCAGUACGGCUGCUGUGCCCUCUCUGCCUAAGCCCAAAAGCAGGGACCUUGCCUAGCUCUAAUCUUGUCAGUUUGUGGCUUCUCUGCCUCUUUGCCAGAGGAGGAGUGAGCAAGAGAGAGCCAUGUAGUCGGACACUCAUUUGCAAUUUCAUUGAAGCAUGAAGUCGUUUCCUACCUUUACCAGGUAAGUAGAAAAUUGACUUGGAGUGGGAGGCGGCAGGGGAGUUACAUACUUUUGAAAAUGAAAAAUGAAAAACUUUGUUGUUUAGGGUUUUUUGUUUUUCUUGGCCCCAUUACCAGCAGGAAGACGGCAGCACAGGCUUUUUUAGGGGGUCAAAAUGCUGGAAUGCAGUUUGCGUUUUGGCCAUGUUUUCUUUUCUUUUCUUUUCUUUUUCUUUUUUUCCAGGCUUAAUUCACUUUAUUUUUCUUGUGUAAAAACCCUGUUGUCGCCACAGCUGGAGCCUGGGUCCGCAGCACGGAGACUCUGGCUGGUGCACCAUGUCGGUCAGCGUCCAUGAGACCCGCAAGUCGCGGAGCAGCACGGGGUCCAUGAACGUCACCCUCUUCCACAAGGCCUCCCACCCGGACUGCGUGCUGGCCCACCUCAACACGCUUCGCAAGCACUGCAUGUUCACUGACGUCACGCUCUGGGCGGGCGAUCGUGCCUUCCCCUGUCACCGUGCCGUGCUGGCCGCCUCUAGCCGCUACUUUGAGGCCAUGUUCAGCCACGGCCUGCGGGAGAGCCGGGACGACACUGUCAACUUCCAGGACAACCUGCACCCGGAGGUGCUGGAGCUGCUGCUGGACUUUGCCUACUCCUCACGCAUCGCCAUUAACGAGGAGAACGCUGAGUCGCUGCUGGAGGCGGGCGACAUGCUGCAGUUCCACGACGUGCGGGACGCCGCCGCCGAGUUCCUGGAGAAGAACCUUUUCCCCUCCAACUGCCUGGGCAUGAUGCUGCUCUCGGACGCCCACCAGUGCCGCCGGCUGUACGAGUUCUCCUGGCGCAUGUGCCUGGUGCACUUUGAGACGGUGCGGCAGAGCGAGGACUUCAACACCCUGUCCAAGGACACGCUGCUGGACCUCAUCUCGAGUGAUGAGCUGGAGACCGAGGAUGAGCGGGUGGUCUUCGAGGCCAUCCUCCAGUGGGUGAAGCACGACCUGGAGCCGCGGAAGGCCCACCUGCCCGAGCUCCUCCGCAGCGUGCGCCUGGCCUUGCUGCCGUCUGACUGCCUGCAGGAGGCCGUCUCCAGCGAGGCACUUCUCAUGGCGGACGAGCGCACCAAGCUUAUCAUAGACGAGGCCCUGCGCUGCAAGACCAGGAUCCUGCAGAAUGACGGCGUGGUCACCAGCCCCUGUGCCCGGCCACGCAAAGCAGGCCACACGCUGCUCAUCCUGGGGGGCCAGACCUUCAUGUGUGACAAGAUCUACCAGGUGGACCACAAGGCCAAGGAGAUCAUCCCCAAGGCCGACCUGCCCAGCCCCCGGAAGGAGUUCAGCGCCUCAGCGAUCGGCUGCAAGGUCUAUGUGACAGGGGGCAGGGGCUCCGAGAAUGGGGUCUCCAAGGACGUCUGGGUGUAUGACACCGUACAUGAGGAAUGGUCCAAGGCGGCGCCCAUGCUGAUUGCCCGCUUUGGUCAUGGCUCAGCGGAGCUGGAGAACUGCCUCUAUGUGGUGGGGGGACACACUUCUCUGGCAGGCGUCUUCCCAGCCUCCCCUUCUGUCUCCCUGAAACAAGUGGAGAAAUACGACCCUGGGGCCAACAAGUGGAUGAUGGUGGCCCCCUUGAGGGAUGGCGUCAGCAAUGCCGCAGUAGUGAGUGCUAAGCUGAAGCUCUUUGUGUUUGGAGGAACCAGCAUCCACCGGGACAUGGUGUCCAAGGUCCAGUGCUAUGACCCCGCGGAGAACAGGUGGACGAUCAAGGCUGAGUGCCCCCAGCCGUGGCGGUACACAGCCGCUGCCGUCCUGGGCAGCCAGAUCUUCAUCAUGGGAGGUGACACGGAAUUCACGGCCGCCUCGGCCUACCGCUUUGACUGUGAGACCAACCAGUGGACACGGAUUGGGGACAUGACUGCCAAGCGCAUGUCCUGCCAUGCCCUGGCGUCCGGCAACAAGCUCUAUGUGGUUGGGGGCUACUUUGGGACCCAGAGGUGUAAGACUCUGGACUGCUAUGACCCCACUUCAGAUACAUGGAACUGCAUCACCACAGUGCCCUACUCACUUAUCCCCACGGCCUUUGUCAGCACCUGGAAGCACCUGCCCGCGUGAGGAGCACCUGCUGAGCCCAGCCAGCCCGCGGCCCUCAGUGUCACAGCGUGGCCUUGGCUUAUGUGCCACAGCAGGAGCUAAGCGGGUCCUGGACCAGCUCUCCGAGAGGUGGAAGGGGCCCCGCCAGCUCUGGGGAGCAGCAGCCUUGGGCGGUUCGGAGCUUUAGGCACAAGAAGAGAAGCAUCUCUUGCAUCUGUGCCCCUGGGGGCCUCUUCAGCUUUGCAGUGGUUUAUAGGAAGACAUACCUCCCAGAGGGGCAUGGACUGCCACCAGGACUGACCCCGGCGUCGGGAGGACACCUGCAGAGCCUUGAGAUCACCUGUUUGGCAGGUCCUGGACUGGGGCCGGGCAGGCAGGGACAGGGAGGAGCCCCGGGUGGCUUUCGGGGCUGCAGCACUGCCACACAUCCUUUUCCUCCCAGCCCACCCUGCUGGGGCACUACUGCCGUCUAUAGAUGGUGUCCCAGGCCUGGGAAACCAGGUUCCCAGGGGUUGAGACCAGAAGGUUGAUGAGCAGAGAACCCAGGACAGAUUUUAUAAGGUGCAGAAACUACAGGGGGGCCUCAGUGACAUCCACGAGGCAAUAAGGCUAAUUGCCUUAUUUGCUAAUAAGAGCAAAGGACACCCAGACCUCCAAGGUUUGUGGGCCCCUGCCACAAAGCUGUAAGUCCCAGCCCACCCACUGAGGGCCUUGCCCAGUGCUGUGGCCUGGUGGGGACACAGAUGCUCUGGCCACUCAGUGGAGCUGGGCCUGCAGCAGACUCAGGACUCCGAGUGCCCUGGGGGUCACCCCUCACAUCCCCUCCUCAGAGCCCACCCUGAGAGGCAGCAGUGACGCCCGUGGUACACACGUGCCAACAGCACUGGGGGCUUCUCCCCGGGAGACCAUGCUGCCCUCCAAGACAAGGGGCAGCUGUGAGCUGGCGAUAGCAGAGGGACCCCAGGGAGUCCCCUGCAGACCCCACCAGGGCCGCAUCUGUCUCAGUUUGGGGGACAGUGAUGGGGCCCUCACCAUCCUCUUGAAUCUUGGCCCCCAUUUGCGCCCUGAGCUCCAAGAUAAGAAUGGCCGUGAGAGAACUGCUGAACAUUUGUUCAUUGCUGUCACCUCCUGAAUCACUGGGGUCCCUCAGCAGAACCUCCCUGACACCUGGGCUGUGGAGAGGUUGGUGCGUGUCAGUGACCAUCCUAAUGCCUCUCACUCACUCCUAACCCCUGUUUGAGGGGGAGGGUGUUGGUGCCUUGACGGGGCUGGGUAGGGUGUCCAAACUUGUGGCUUCCCAGGCACCUGCAGUGUGAACACUGCUUGACUGGCUCAGGGUUAGGGCUGCAGAGGGGGCUGUGCCACAAACCAGUUACUUAAGCAGCCCUGAGUGUCCCCAUGCCUUGGUGCGGGUCCUGGAGGCCUCUUGGGGGUGGGACCUUUGGGCAGGGUUUGCCCACUGAUGCGCCCCCCACCAUGGGGCCCUGGCUACAUGGGGCUCCUUGGACCCUAUAGACCCCGCAGACCCCACCUGUGUCAGGCCGGUUGCCCGAAGACACUUGGCUGUGGUCCCCAGGGAUGGCUUUGCUGGCACACUCAGGAGCCGGGCCGCGGGGGCUGCAGGGAGUGCACCUGGACCCGUGGCGUUGCUUCAUUGAGAUAAAGAACACUUAUCACAUAGCACAAAGGACGGGCCAUGGUGCUUUCCCCAAAAGUUGUGUUGAGUUUUUAUCAGUUUCCUAACUUAAUAAAAAGAGUUGAGAAAAUU